AUGGACGAGCCGGCUCGUCUUAGCUGGUCCCGCACCUAUUUCGCUCUCUCACACACCUCCGUAGCCUCCAAGAACCCCCCAGGCGACAAGAUCAUCCUCCCGCAAUCCGCCCUGGAGCAACUUCUUGCAGCCGCACCAUCCCGUCAGCCAUCCGGCGCCACCUUCACCUCCUUCGAUCCUCUAAAUCCACACAGCAAUUCCCGUCACGAGAAUGGCCAGCAACUUCCGCACCCUCUCACGUUCCGUCUGGUAAACCCGGUCAACAAUAAAGCCGUAUACGCAGGCAUUCGCGAGUUUUCUGCUCCAGAAGGCACCUUGGGUCUCAGUGCCUUUUUGUCCGAGGCCCUGGGCAUCGACUUGAAGGAUACACAUGGCACCUUGCCCAAGGGUACCUAUGUCCGCCUGCGGCCACUUGAAGCGGGCUACAACCCCGAUGACUGGAAGUCGCUGUUGGAGCGUCAUCUCAGAGACAACUUUACUUGCCUUACCAAGAAUGCGGUCCUCUCCGUCCCCGGCGUCCAGGGGGAGAAGUUCAACUUUCUCGUUGACAAGCUCUCUCCCGAGGGUGACGGGAUAUGUGUCGUCGACACCGACCUCGAAGUGGACAUUGAGGCUCUAAACGAGGAGCAGGCUAGGGAGACGAUGCGCCAGAUCAUGUCCAAAGCGCAGUCCGCCUCAGCCAACGGCACCUCCGAGGGCGGUGAGCUGGACAUAUGGAAGCACGUCCAGGGGCAAGUGUCGCCUGGCGGCUACGUCGACUACCUUCUACCGUCCUGGAAUCGAUCACAGCCAGUGGCCAUCACGCUCAGCGACAUGUCACGCCAAGAUAGCCUCGACAUCUUUGUCACCCCAAGGUCGUCUCGGCAUCGGGCUUUGCCACGGGACUCAACCCACGUUUUUGGAAGCUUUGGCACUGCGGAUCGCGGCUUUAAGCAUGUGUUCAUCCCUCCCGCGAAUGUCGAGCUGGACGGUGCAGAUGGCCUCCUCGUGUCAGUCCACGCACAUCGGCCGGAUGACGCCACUGAACAGCCCUCGGAGCCGAUUACAUACAAGCUUCGAGCCAAGGCAGCUUCCACUCAUAACCCUGGCGAUGGAACCACAAAAGCCGAUAGCGAGGGUCACGACACCGACGACGUGCAAUGCAGCAACUGUCUACAAUGGGUGCCCCGGCGAACCAUGGUUCUGCACGAAAGUUUCUGCCGCAGAAACAACGUCGUCUGCGCGCAAUGCAAGUCCGUCUUCAAAAAGGGCUCCGCCGACUGGGAAGCGCACUGGCACUGCGACUACGAUGACGCGCACGGAGACUCGGCCUCGAGCAGAGCCAGGCACGAUGACGUGUUCCACAGGGAGCGCUCAUGUCCGUCUUGCGAGUUUUCCACAAACUCGCUGCCGGACCUCGCAAGGCAUCGGACGACCGUCUGUCCCGGAGACCCGUUUAACCCAUCCCCAGAGGUUGUUCUCUCCGGGAUGACGGCACACGAACUUGCAGAUGGAGCACGCACCACCGAGUGCCACCUGUGCGACAAGAUUGUUCGUCUUAGAGACAUGGACACACAUCUCAAGCACCACGAGCUGGACAAGGUCAAUCGAUCCAAACCCACCAUUUGCCGCAAUGCCAACUGUGGCCGGACUCUGCACGGCGUCGGGCCCAGGGGUCAGAUGGGUGCCGGGACGGCUCAAGGCCAAGGGCCCGGCAACGAAAUCGGGCUUUGCUCUCUUUGCUUCGGCCCCUUGUACGUGAGCAUGCACGACCCAGAGGGCAGGGCGCUUCGAAGGAGGAUCGAGAGGCGUUAUCUCGGGCAGAUGAUGACGGGGUGCGGAAAGUCUCACUGCGUCAACGAAUGGUGCAAGACUGGGAGAGCCAACGCCGGCCUCGAGUCCAAGGGGUCGUCUGCCCAAGCCAUCCUGCCGUUGGUGAAGCCCCUGCUCGAAAAGGUCCCGGAGCCUGACAAGCCCAUGUUCUUUUGCGUCGACGAGGCCAACCAGCAGAGGCGGAACUUGGCGAUUAUGAUGGCCGCCGAGAAGGGCUGGGACCUGGAGUGGUGCGUCGCGGCAGCAGAGGCCGAGAAGGGUCGGGUAGAGAAGAUGAGGGAGUGGCUGCAGGCUUGGGCGCCAAGGAGAUAG